AAACGAAAGAAGAAGCGAGCGGGUCGAAUCAUCUCGGAUCAGCUCCACGCGGCCAUUCGAAGACAGCGACAGCACUCGCGCUAUUAACCAUGGGAGGCAUUCUUCAGAAGAUGCUACAGGCCUUCUACACCAAGAAGCUCGAGGUCGUGCUCGUGGGUCUUGAGAACAGUGGCAAGACGACGCUGCUGAAUGUUAUGGCCAUGGGUCACCCCGUGGAGACAUGUCCGACCAUCGGUCUGAACGUGAAACUCGUGAAAAAGGGAGGUGUACAGAUGAAAUGUUGGGAUAUCGGCGGACAGGCACAGUAUCGAAGCGAAUGGGGUCGCUACACGCGCGGCUGUGACGUCAUUAUAUAUGUGGUGGAUGCCAACGCGUUUGACCAAAUCUCUCUGGCGCGGAAGGAGCUUCAUCGGCUACUAGAGGACCGUGAGCUCGCGACAACGCCCCUGCUGGUGCUGGCCAACAAGAUCGAUCUGGAGCCCCACAUCUCCGAGCCGGAGCUCAUCCGCGAGCUGAACCUGGAUUAUAUCGUGGACAACCCGUGGCUUGUGAUCCCCAUUUCGGCUCUGCGUCUCGUCAACAUCGACCAGGUCAUCCAGUGGCUCAUGAAGCAGUCGGGCAAGGGCUAAAGCGUCUCUAGGUUGAGCUAAGUGCCGCUGAUACUGCACUAGAGAAGGUUAUGAAGAAGAUGUAAUGCAGAGUGGACAUGAUAAAACAACUAGCAGUCUGGAAGUGACGAUUCGACUGUAAGCAGAGGCAGGAAAUGAUGAAAACGUUCUGUAGAGUGCA